CAUCAUUCAACUCUGUGAGUGAGGAGAGAACACACCACAGAGAAUGGUUGUGAGAGGGGUAACCCUAUACCUUUUGCUUGGUUAUCUCAUCAAAGCAGGUGCUACCUCCACCUGUGCUAAUAAAGUGUGUCUGAGAUGUAACACCACAACAACAGGGGCAGACCCUUGUGAACUCUGCAAUGCAACACAGUGCAUCAGUGAUGUUCCAUCAAACUGCACAACAGGUAACCUCUUACCAAACACAUUAAGUAACAAUCAUCUGAUUACCUUACACUAUCACAGUUGUGUUAUUCCCCUCAAAUAUGAACCCUGCCCAUCAGGCUUUCAGGUUUCUAUCAGCAGCAAUGAUUCCAAACUUGUGGAGGGCGACGACCUCAUUCUAACAUGUGUCCAUAACCUUCCCGAUGUGAAUCAUACAUUUGGGUGGAAGAUUAAUGGAGUCACAAUUCAGGACCAGAACGAAAGUGAGCUGCAUGACAAAAAGGUGUUGUCAAACAAAGCAGGCACGUACAUCUGCUUCAUGGAGAACUUGUGUGGCAAUUAUCAGUCUCUGCCACAUGUUGUCACUGUAGAGAACAAUUCGCUGUUGUUACUGGUGGUUUGUGGUGUUUCCGCUCUGGUCCUGGUCUUGGUUAUGGGGCUGGUUAUGAAGUUCAAGCUGAAAAGAGACAACGCUAAACACAGAGAGAGGAUGAGGCAGAAGGCCACCUUGGAGCAGAGGGCCGCUGCUUUCACACCAAGAGAAUCCUAAACGACAACCAGUCUAUUAACCUUAGAUCUAGAGCAGCCAUAUUGUUUCAUCGUUUGUUGUUGUUGUAUUUGAUGCAUGAAUAAAACCCAUUUAAUCUCUGUC